AUGGCCGAUUCGGAUGAAGAAUACAUCGCAGAAUUUGAUUCCGACGAGCGCGAUGACGAUCUCGGCGACGAUGACGAGGAUGACGAGCUGGACUCUCGCAAUGUGAGCCGCGGAAGGACCAGGCGUUCGCGCGGCAAGCGGAAAAAGCAGCGAGAUGGCCACGAAUUCGAGGUGUCAAGGACGUGGGAAAGUCUAGUAGAAGGCGCAGAUGGCACGAUCAGCUCAACAGUCGAAGGUCUAUUGGAGGCGGGGAAGAGGAAAAGACUACUUAGAGACACAACUCCGCUUCAGCGUGGAAUCAUACGACAUCUGAUCUUAGUUCUAGAUUUAUCAAUCGCUAUGUCAGAAAAGGAUGUCCGGCCUACACGCUACCUUCUUACCCUUCGCUACGCCCAAGAGUUUGUCCUUGAAUAUUUCGAACAAAACCCAAUUUCACAGCUCGGAAUAAUUGGGAUGCGGGACGGUUUGGCAGUCAGAAUAAGCGAUAUGAGCGGUAACCCUUCAGAGCAUAUCCUAGCAAUACAAGCCCUAAGAACGAGAGACCCAACUGGUCUCCCAAGUUUACAAAAUGCCCUCGAAAUGGCUCGCGGGGCACUGUUCCAUACACCAAGCCAUGGAACCCGCGAAGUUCUCAUAAUAUUCGGCACCCUCCUCUCAUCCGACCCAGGCGAUAUUCACAAAACAAUUACCUCCCUUGUCGCGGACAAAAUCCGCGUGGGAGUUGUUGGUCUUGCUGCUGAAGUAGCUAUAUGCCGGGAGAUCUGCUCGAAGACCAAUGCCGGCGACGACAGCGGCUAUGGUGUAGCACUCAAUGAGCAACACUUCCGCGAGCUCAUGAUGGAAAUCACAACUCCACCCGUCACCCGCUCACAAAAGCAAGCCGUAAAUUCUCUCUUGAUGAUGGGAUUCCCCUCUCGCACAGUGGAACCCUCUCAGUCCCUAUGCGCAUGCCAUUCAAAGCCAUCUAGGGGAGGUUAUCUUUGCUCCAGAUGUGGAAGCAAAAUCUGCACGUUACCUGCAGAGUGUCCGGCGUGUGGACUGACGUUAAUUCUCUCUACACAUUUGGCUCGGUCAUAUCAUCAUCUGUUCCCCCUAAUCAAUUGGGUCGAAGUUCCUUGGAAUAAAGCAUCGAUCAGUUCGAAUUGCUUUGCAUGCGGUAAUCCCUUCCCGCCGGUUCCAGUCCGUGCUCAAUGGGAGACGCGCGGUGGCACGGUAAAGGGGAUGUCGGUGAGCAGCAGAUACGAAUGUACCGUGUGUCAUAAUCACUUUUGCAUUGAUUGUGAUGUUUUUGCACAUGAAAUUGUUCAUAAUUGCCCCGGAUGCCAGAGCGGAAACACCCGACCGGAUUCAUCCAAAGUUGGACAUGCGAACGCUCCCGACAACCUUGCGGGGGUGGAUGAAAUGGAUACAGGAUAA